AUGUAUGUGACUCGCCCGCUUUCUCUGUACAGAAGGGACCCAUCGGCGGCGUCAUUGCCACCUCCAGAAGGCCCGAAUUCCGGCGUGCUAGUCAUCCAAGAUGAAGAAGCCCAGCCAACUUGCUUGUUCGGGUUGAUGAAUAGCAGCCGAGUCACGGACCUGCCUUUCCCACAGAACAAGAACCUCCAGGUUCGCUACACCAAGCGAACCGGGGAGCACCGCCGCGUCCCAAUUGGAUUGUACUCGCACGUCGAAACCGACCGCGUCGUCUUCAUCCCUGCGCUCGACCACCCGCUCUCUGCUAAUCGUUACUACGUGAUCAAGCAGGAUGGGAAGCACAAAGGGGAAGCUUAUAGAAACUCGACGGAGGAGGAGAUGACAACUUGCUGCUUCUGCAGCUGUAUCUCGGAUCGGAAGCCGGAGCCGUUUGAGCCGCACGGAGAGGAUGUUCACCAGCAGUUCGAGAUCUCCCGGCGUCGUUAUUGGCAUGGAGGUUCUGGUUACCAUGCCAAAUCUGUCGCUGGAGGUGGAUUCCCUCCUCUUUUUCUGAGAAGAGAAGGCUGGACGCUCCAUACUUCGAAAUCUCGGGAUCUCAAGCUGGAUGAAGCUCUGGGCGUGGAUUCGAACCUUCGAGCUCGCCUUCCGGAUUUCAACUCCGUGUUGUCCGGUGAGAAAACUGAUCGUGUUUCGGUGCCCAGGGUGGUGGGGAAAUGGUACUGUCCUUUCUUGUUCGUUAAGGAAUCGGGAAUGGGUGUUCAGGAUCAGGUCGAUCGUUCGAGAUUCUACGAGAUGACGUUGGAGCAGCGGUGGGAGCCGAUUUUUAGAUGCAACAAUGACGUCGAAGGAAAUGCUAACUCGUUCGUGAAUAUAGAUGUUUUGGUUGAGACUGAAACGGUGAGAGUUGGUGAAAGGGAUGUGGUGGGGCAUAAGGUUGGAGAAAAUGAUGGAGUUGUUUGGUUUAGGAGGGUGGGAUUGGACAAUAAUGCAGGGGAGGAAGGGAUGAGGGUUGGGUUGAGCAAGGUGAUUGUGGAGAGGAUGAAGUGGGAGGAGGAAAGAGUUGGGUGGAGAAGUGGUGAGGGUGGGAAGAAUAGGGUGAAGAAAGUUGAGGAGUUUGGAGGUGGUGGUGGAAUCAACAAUUGGAAGAGGUUUGGGUAUUUUGUGCUGGUGGAGAGAUUUGUGUUGAGGAGAAUGGGUGGUGGUUUUCUGAUGAGUUAUGAGUUUAAGCAUAUUCAUCAAUUUAGGACAAAAUGGGAGUAGAUAAUUAUAUAUAUAUAUAUAUAU